AUGUCCGCCACCAGCGAACCUGGCGUCCUCGGCCCCGUCAUCGCCCUCAAUAUCUGGACCUUCGCCAUUGAAGGCUUGAUGCUCUCCAGACGACUCCCAGCAAUCUCAAAACACAAGAUCCCAAUGGACUCGAGCUUGCCCAAUGACCAAAUAGCCGCCAAAUACCCGCCCUUCGCCCGUUGGUCCGCGGACAAUUUCAACCAUCUCAUGGAGCAGCCGACGCAGUUCUACGCCGUCGCGCUGGCAAUUGCGUUCCUGCACGAGCGCAAGGGCAGCAAGGUGGACGUGGCCCUGGCGUGGACCUAUGUCGGGCUCCGGGUCCUGCACAGUCUUGUGCAGGUGUCGAAGAAUAAGAUCCCGGUGCGGUUUAUGGUCUUCGCUACGUCGUCGCUUGCGUUGUUGGGCUUGACGGCUAGUGCCGCCAGAUUGGUGUUUUAA